UGCUUUCAUCUGGUAGGUGAUCCUCCUAUCCGUGACAGUUGCUAUAUAUUCUUGCAUGAAACAGUUGAUGAUCUUGCAGUAUCCCCUCAGCCAGUGGAAGCCAAUGUUUCUCAUGCCAUGAAAAAUCCUCCAAAAGGCAAAAGCUCAAGCCAAAGGAGAUCAGACGUCCGAGCAAAGAAGGCUUGCAUGCAAAACAAAGCUACCACUACUUUACUUACACAAGCUUCUGAAGCCACUAGCCCUUCUGAGCCAAUUUCUAUCUAUUACCACAUACUUGCCAACCUUUCAUCUUCUCCAGAGGCCUUAACAAUAAAGAAGCAGCCCAUCUCCAAUCUCACUGAUUUGCUUAGACAGGAAAAUAAGGCAAAAAAACUUAAUAACCUUCUGACACAACUUCAGCCCUUCUUUUCCUUGAUCCCCAAAGCAAAAAGUCCAAAAUUGUUCGUGGAAUUCUUGAUACGCUGGCCAAACUACCUGGCACAUCUAAUCUUCAGAUUGCCCUAUGCAAGAAAAUUGUGCAAUGGACGCGUAAUGAGAACCAAAAUUUCCUUUGUCUGUGCACUGAGGCAAAACUCGCAGCUCUUUUGAUGGAGAACAAAGAGUAUUCUGAAGCUUUGGCUCUCCUUUCUGGACCAAUCAAUGACGCGAGAAGAUUAGAUAACAAGUUGCUUCUUGGAGACAUUCACUUGCUAGAAAGGAAGCUUCAUUUCUCUUUCAAGAAUCUACCUAAAGCCAAAGCUGCACUUACAGCUGCAAGAACAGGCUCUUAUUAUGUUUUCAGUUACACAGUUGCUCGAGUAGUUCUGUAUUUCGCCAGGAGUGUCCAACUAUUUCGCCGUGGUUGAUCUCAAAAGGUUUCAAGGUUGAAAAUGGCCUAACAAGAAAAGGAAGCUUGCACAUUGAAAAGCAUCCUGUUGAAUAACUUAUGCCUUGUAGACAUUUCCUAUCAGCUUAGCAUUGAGUUGAGCUUAUGCUUCAUUUAGGAUGCAGAUAAUGUGAAAUCUAGAAUUGAUGGGGAUUAUUUAUUUAAAUAGCACAAUAUGCAUAAAAUAACAAUUUUCAAGUUGUA